UAAUUAAAAUUAUUGAACAAUAUGAUGAUAUUGAAAUAUUACUGAUUGUUGAAGAUAGCGAAGUUACUAUGAUUAGCUUUGGAGUCAAGGAUAUUAUUAACCAACUCAGUGUAAAUACAGUUGAGAUUGGUAUAGAUGCAAUGUGUAUGUGUUCAUAUCGGUAUUGCCAGUUAAGUCUUUUCUUAAACCCUGAAAUGCUUGCCCUUUGGG